GAUUGGCGGGAAAAGCAAAAAAAAAAAAAGAAAAAAAUGGCGAUGGUAGAAGUAUGAAGCGGACGCUUGACAAGACGACGAGAAGGCAACACGUCAACAUCCAACACGGCUCCGUCCCCCAGGUGGACAGACGGGCAGAAGGCACGGGGAGGUGGAUGGAGGACGAAGAUCUUACAGAGCGGGAGUUGAGGUGAGAAUGUUCGAGGACGUCUUUGAAGCUUCUCGCGGUGUGGAGUCUCCGGCGCCUGCGCCGAGUGCUGCGGCUGUGCUUUGGGAGCCGAGCGGCGGCGGCGGCAAAUCGGCGGAGGAGGACGACAGGGCAGAGUCCAGCAACCUCAGUGUGGGACAGUUUGUGCUCUGCCAUUGGUCAGACGGACUCUACUACCUUGGCAAGAUACUGAGGCUCAGCCCACCAAGACACAGCUGCUUCGUCACCUUUGAGGACAACUCCAAGUUUUGGGUCCUAUGGAAGGACAUCCAGCAUGUAACUGUAACGAAGGAUUUAUCCAAUCACGUUGCAGCCGGCGUGCCGGGGGAGGAACCUCGCUGCUCGGUGUGUCAGGAGACGGGGCCGAGCUCUGCCAGUCAAUUCAACCAAAUCCUCAUUUGUGGAAAGUGUGGCAUAGGGUUCCACCAGCAGUGUCAUGUUCCUGCUGUCGAGGGCAACAGUGACAUAAGUCCCUGGUUCUGUCGACGUUGCGUCUUUGCCCUGGCUGUCAGGAAAGGGGGUGCUCUGAAGAAGGGGCCCCUGGCUAAUGCUCUGUUAGCCAUGAAGCAGGUUUUGUCGUACGAUCUGAACGCUCUGGAAUGGGACUCUCAGCAUCGCACCAAUCAGCAGCAGACUUACUGCUACUGUGGAGGCCCCGGAGAGUGGUAUCUGAAGAUGCUUCAGUGUUUCCAAUGUGAGCAGUGGUUCCACGAGGCGUGCACGCAGUGUCUGCAGGAGAGCAUGAUGUUUGGAGACAGGUUCUACUUGUUUGUGUGCUGCGUGUGCAACAAAGGCUCGGAGCACGUCCGGCGUUUGUGUCUUCGCUGGGUGGACGCGGUCCACUUGGUUCUCUACAACCUAUCGCUCAGCAGCAAGAAAAAGUACUUUGAGCUGGAAGAAAUCCUGUCUUUUGUCACUGCGCACUGGGAACAAUUACAGCUGGGAAAGUUGGCCAACACUCCUCCGGCAGACAGGGGGCAGCACCUGCUCGACGCCCUCAACAAGUACAAGAGCAAGUUUUUGUGCGGGAAAGAGAUCAAAAAGAGGAAGUGCAUUUUUCGUCUUCGGACGCGGGUUCCUCCCACGCCGCCCUUGAAACUUUUCCCUGAGCGCGCUCACUGCGAAGGGGGGCGGGGCUGUAAGAAGGCCAUCGGCCGGAUCAGCGCUUCAUCAGAGAGGAGGAAGAGGAAGUCCAAGUGGUUGUUUGCAGAUGCCAUCCCGAGUAACGAUCAUCACCACAUGGCCACCAUCUUCGACUUCACCCUGGACGAACUGCACGAACUCAGGAGCCGGACGUCGAGCGUCGAUCAGGACUCCACAGACGUUUCCACGUCGGGUUCUGUUACCGCCGGCCGCUCCGAUCAGCCAACCAGACGAAAGGUCGGCAGCAGGAAGAGGAAGUCGCCGAGCUCCGCCUCCAAGCAUCGGGCCGAUCGCAUCCAGGCGGGGUCGGAGGAGCCUUCCGGAAGCGCCGUGCCAGGCGCGUAUCCCGCCGACUCCCCCGCGGCGUCGGGCAGACCGACGGGCGGCAACGAGCGGUGCCACGUGCUGGCGCGCCGCGUCACGGCCGAUGGCGCCCUGCAGUAUCUAUUGCAGUGGGACAGCGCCGCACCUUACUAGAGGCGAGGCGAGGCGAGGACGCGGCACCGUCUCCGCCUCGGUCAAAGCCCCGUUCAUCAGAUCCUCGCCUGCACCCGCGGAAAAGGGCCAUGAUAGAGAGGCCGAAGAAGCGCUUUGGCCUCUCCCGCACGCUUUCAACACUUUGAAAUUGAUCGAAGCACGCAUCAACUUCCUCAAAGGCUCUUAUCUUCUUCAAAGGUUUUUGAAGCAUUCUAACUUAGCGCCUGUUCUCAAUGGCUGGCUCCGAUUGGCCUGUCUGCUGUAAAAAGGAAAAGGCAUCCCAAGAGACGGUUGCAGUCGUCACCCGCUAUGUCGCGCUUCGCUUUUUGCGCUCGCACUCUUGCAUAUUUCUUUUUGCAUUGCGCGUUUUCACUGUCGCGGGAUUUUGCGCUGAUCAUAUUUCCACGCGGACUAAAUGUUACUGUAGACUCGUGUGGUAAAAAGCGCGAACCGGGAGGGAAGAGUGCGCGAAGCACAGAAAAGGUCAAAGUUUGCGAUCGGUUCGCAAUUAGAAAAUAAAGUGAAACGUGGCGACUGCAAAGCACAACCAGCUUCAAUGACGCAAAUGCACAUCUACGCUAAAGUUAGCUCAUUUAAUAUAGCCUAGCACCGUUAGACCCAAGUCAUGUAAAUCAAACUGAGGCCAGGGGGCCAAAUUUGGCCCAGGAUGUAAUUAUAUUUGGCCCGCAAGACCAUAUGAAAUGUGUAUUAGAGCAGCUGGCCCGCCAGUAUACGGCACAUGCACCACUAAUCAGAAUCCGAAUCCUCUUUAUUUGCCAAGUAUGUCCACAAAACACAAGAAUUUGUCUCGGGUAGUCGGAGCCGCUCUAGUACGACAACAGACAGUCAAUUUACAGAACACUUUGGAGACAGAAAGACAUUGACAAAAACAAUCACUGAGCAACAAAGGGUUGCUAGUUAUCUGGUAAUGCCGGUACAUUUUUAUUUGUAUUUUAUUUAUUUUUUUGAUGCAGAGUCCUCUAGCACUUAGAGCAGUUCGAAAGACUCAUAUCGCAAUAGUCCGGCGCAAUGAGCAUUGUGCAAGGGGUGCCGAGACUUCAAGCGAGUAGUGCGAUAAUCUGGGCCAGUGUCGAUUGUGCAAAUGUUGCGGAUACUCCUCGGUCAGUGUGCAAGUGGAGCAGAUGCUACACUGGCGUGAGUGGCCAGUAUUGGUCAACGACAGACAUGCAAAUAGUGCAGCGCGGCGAGACUGCACGAGUCAUAUAUCAUUGGCCCCACAGAAAUGUGACAACAAACCCAAGUCAAAAAAAUGAUAAUACAAAUCCCAGAAUGCUUUGCUCGUGUCAGUCUCGACCGGCGAGCGCAACCUUCCCUUUCUGUUGCAGUCGUUAGCAACUAUGCUACCGGUCUCCUGGAGCAAAUUGACACUUCCCCUUCCCAAAAGUGGCCGAACGAAAGAUGGAAAACGGGAGGCAGAUCGUCUGUUGACUAAAGUCAAAGACAGACCGUGUUGUCGUGCCCGGAGCAACGUGGCUGUCACGAAGAAUGCAACAUCAUCGGAUUGGUGUUGUUUCGAAUGCCCUUUAUCAACUCCUAGGCAGGGACUGUUAAUAGUUUGAGGUUUGGAUUUUUAUUGAAGGACAUUCUUAUUUUUUGGGGUUGUUUUGUUGUUGGCCUUUGAAAAAAGAGGUGGUAGUUGGAGAUAGAUACAUAGAAGAAUUCCUGUUAUCCAUUUCAAGAGCGCAGGUGCACUCAAAAUUGCCUUCGUGGAAAGAAACAACAAAGCAAAUAAACAAGCACCUUCGUACAGCGGAUACGAAGGGAGGCAACCCGCAGGCUGGCUAACCUUAGCUAACGACGGCCAACGCUACACUCUCAUUGGCUGACUCUCACGUCACUCACCAGGCGCCGCCUCGCCUUUUAAAGCCCCACACGUUCGGAGGGACAGAUACUACACUGUACAACGUGACGAUGGCGAGCGACUGCUGACAGAGUAGCCAGCCUCUUGGUCCGAAAAAACCUGAAGCGCAGACUCUGCGUUGUGUGUCACUUUCACUUUGGCACAACAAUAAAGUAUGUGUGUCGUGAAUGUGAAACGUACGCACAACGACCGCCAUCCGUGAGCCGCGGGCGGAUGGCAGCCAUUCAUUGGACACGCCCACAUUACACGAGCUGAAUCAACUCCAACGUUGUUAAGUUUGUUCAUUGUACAAAAUAAUAAAUAGUAAACAUUGAAUGCUCGGGAGCACAAACUCAACAGCAAAAUAAUACCUGCACCUCACAUGCAUAGUUUGUAUAAUAAUAUGCAUCAAGCUUUCAAAUAUAUAUGAAUAUCGAAAUAAAUAUGUGGUCGCUACUUGGCUGAUGUUGUUUUGACGUUUUGUGGAAUGUAACCUCGCCAUAAACGAAGUGUGCGUGUGUGUUCAUUCCGUGACGGCAAUCGGUUGGGAAUAGAGGGCGUCUUGCCCGACACCGCGUGACCCUCGUGAACGAACGUCGCGGCUGGCCGAGUCCCAGGAUGCUCGGCGCUCUCGCUCACGUGAUCUAUGCAAAGACACGCCAUUGGGGAGCACCUGUGACAUCAUCGGCAAUCGUCAGAUCAUAUUCAAGCGUCUCGCAGACGUUAAACGGAGAUUGUGUUGGCAUGGUAACAGCGGUCUCACGGACCUGUUGGACAGGCGUGCGCUCAUCGUUUGACCAAUCAGCGGCAAUAAAAAAUGUUUGUUUACCUUUGA